AUGACCCAGCGAUCCUCGGUGACCAUCAAGUCUGGGGGCACCCGGAAUUUCAGUGCCUCCUCAGCUAGCCUCCUUCCUGGCUGUCGGCCUGGUUUCAGUUCUGUCUCCGUGUCCCAGAGUGGGAAGAGUUUUGGAGGCAGCAUAGGGGGUGGUUUUGGAACGAGAAGCCUGCACAGCUUUGGGGGUAACAAGAGAAUCUCCAUUGGUGGGGCCUACCGCUCCAGCCGAGCCAGCUUUGGAGGUGCUGCCUGUGGUCUGGGUGUCAGCGGCAUAGGAUACAGAGUUGGAGGAGCCUAUGGCGGGUAUGGAUUUGGAGGCGGGAUGGCCCCUGGAGCUGGAGGCAUCCAUGAAGUCACUGUCAACCAGAGUCUCCUUACACCCCUGCACCUGGAGAUUGAUCCAUCUCUCCAGCGAGUUCGAAAGGAGGAGAGGGAGCAGAUCAAGACCCUCAACAACAAGUUCGCCUCCUUCAUAGACAAGGUACGGUUCCUGGAGCAACAAAACAAAGUCUUAGAGACCAAAUGGAGUCUCCUCCAAGAGCACAAAACAACCAGGACCAAUCUAGAGCCCAUGUUCGAAGCCUACAUCACCAAUCUGAAGCGCCAGCUGGAGUGCCUGGGAGGGGAGCGGGGCAGGCUGGAGACAGAGCUGAAGAACAUGCAGGACGUGGUCGAGGACUUCAAGAACAAGUAUGAAGAGGAAAUCCACAGACGCACAGCGGCAGAGAAUGAGUUUGUGGUACUCAAAAAAGAUGUGGACGCUGCUUACAUGAACAAGGUGGAGCUAGAGGCCAAGGUGGAUGCCCUGAUGGACGAGAUCAACUUCCUGAGAGCUUUCUAUGAGGCGGAGCUGGCUCAGCUUCAGGCUCAAAUCUCUGAGACCUCUGUGGUGCUGUCCAUGGACAACAACCGCAGCCUGGACCUGGACAGCAUCAUCGCUGAGGUCAAGGCCCAGUACGAGGACAUCGCCAACCGCAGCCGGGCAGAGGCUGAGUCCUGGUACCAGACCAAGUAUGAGGAGCUGCAGCGGUCUGCUGGCCAGCGUGGGGAUGACCUCCGUACUACUAAGAUGGAGAUCUCUGAGCUGAACCGGGCCAUGCAGAGGUUGCGUUCUGAGAUUGAUAACCUGAAGAAGCAGUGUGCCACACUCCAGGCUUCCAUUGCCGAUGCCGAGCAGCGUGGAGAGCUGGCUCUCAAAGAUGCCAAGAACAAGCUGGCUGAGCUGGAGGACGCCCUGCAGAAGGCCAAGCAGGACAUGGCCCGUCAGCUUCGCGAGUACCAGGAGCUCAUGAAUGUCAAGCUGGCGCUGGACAUAGAGAUCGCCACUUACCGAAAGCUGUUGGAGGGCGAGGAGUGCAGGCUCACUGGAGAAGGUGUUGGUGCCGUGAACAUCUCCGUGGUCUCUUCCUCCGGGGGCACAGGCUACAGUGGAGGCGGUGGCCUGUGCAUGAGUGGCAGCGGCUAUAGCGGAAGCGGCUACAGUGGGAGUGGCCUCUGCUACGGAGGCGGAGGCAGCGGAGGUUUUAGCUCCACCAGUGGUCGCAGUGUGAGCGGCAGCAGCUCAAGCAUGCGAAUUGUCUCUAAGACAUCAUCCACCAAGAAGAGUUACAGGAGCUAAAGUACCACCCACUUUGGCACUGUCCCCAGGCCCCCAGAUCCCCAGCACUAAGGCCUGAUGCUUAACCCACGCCCACAGUCCCCAGCAAGAGGCACGGAUACCAAGUGGCCUGUGAGUUUUAAAGUUAUCAUCCUUCUGCCUCCAGGCAGGUCUCCACAGAGAUACCCCACCCAUGCUUGAUCUCAAAGUCCUCCUUUACCCACACAGACUCAACUGCUGUAGGCUAUACCUUUCCCCUUAAGCAGUGUGGGGGAGGCGGGGUGCAGAAAGUCCUUCUCAAUCUGCUUGGACCCUGCAACCACACGAGGCUCUUAGUCCUUCAUGGGAACUUUAAACUUGACCUUGGUGGCCCAAAGUCACCUUUCUUUGAUUCCCAGUUUCUGAGUGACUCUGAGCUAUGAUAACUAUCCAUCCCUUGUCCUGGCGAAAAGAAGACUCUCCAAUCCCUCAGGAAGAGCCAGUCAGGAAGCUGGAAGAGAAAGGCAGAUCUCUGCUGCUUGUUCUUGCUCUAGGGACACUGGGAUGCUCCUGGUUGCACAGAGGGAGUGUGAGGUUAUAGGAAGGAAUUGCACAGAGGGUUUUGGUCUUCACAGUGGUUUCGUCUAAAGGGUUGUGAGUUCCGCUAUGAGUUCAAGACCAAAAUACCAAAGACAAUUGGUCCGUCUGCCACUGUGCCGUGUGGAAAAGAAAGUUCAUAGCUUCGGAGUAGCAGCCACACCUCCCAAGCUGUCCGCUCCUCUUACUCGUGCCUAUUUCCUAGAACUGCUGCAAUAAACCGUCACCAAGCACC